AUGAUGUAGACGACGAGUCAGAGGAAGAAGAAACUACAGACCUAAGAAACAAGUGGCAUCUGGUGAUUGACCGCCUCACGGUGCUGUUUUUGAAAUUCCUGGAGUACUUUCAUAAGAUGCAAGUCUUUGUGUGGUGGCUUUUGGAGCUGCAUAUCAUCAAAAUUGUCUCCUCUUACAUCAUCUGGGUCACAGUAAAAGAGGUGUCUCUGUUUAACUUUGUGUUUUUAAUUGCUUGGGCUCUUGCUUUGCCAUAUGCUCAGUUUCGCCCAUUGGCAUCAAGUAUCUGCACUGUUUGGACAUGUGUGAUUAUUGUCUGCAAAAUGUUGUACCAGCUUACAUCUAUUGAUCCCAGCACUUUUUCCAGUAACUGUACAUUGCCUAGAGAAAAUGAAACAAAGGUUGAUUUAGAAGAACUCAAAACGUCAGUCCUCUACAGCGGUCCGGUUGAUCCUGCAGAAUGGGUUGGAUUGAGAAAAUCUUAUCCCCUACUUUUAUACUUAAGGAAUAACUUACUGAUGCUGGCUAUUCUGGCUUUUGAAGUUACAAUUUACCGUCAUCAAGAGUACUACAGAUGUCGAAAUAACCUUACUGCACCUGUAACUAGAACUAUCUUCCAUGAUAUUACAAGAGCACAUCUGGAUGAUGGACUGGUAAACUGUGUCAAGUAUUUUAUAAACUACUUCUUCUACAAGUUUGGUUUAGAGACCUGUUUUCUUUUAUCAGUGAAUGUAAUUGGUCAACGGAUGGAUUUUUAUGCCAUGAUUCAUGCAUUCUGGUUGAUUGCUGUAUUGUAUCGACGUAGAAGAAAAGCUAUUGCAGAGAUCUGGCCAAAGUAUUGCUGUUUUCUGGCAUGCAUCAUUACAUUCCAGUAUUUCCUUUGUAUUGGCAUUCCACCUGCUCCUUGUAAAGACUAUCCAUGGAGAAGUGGUAAUGCCAACUUCAACUCGAAUAUCAUAAAGUGGUUAUACUUUCCAGACUUCAUUGUGAGACCAAACCCUGUCUUCCUUGUCUAUGAUUUCAUGUUGCUGCUGUGUGCAUCCUUACAAAGGCAAACAUUUGAGGAUGAAAAUAAAGCUGCUGUACGAAUCAUGGCUGGAGACAAUGUGGAAAUUUGUAUGAAUCUUGAAGCAGCAUCUUUUAGCCAGCAUAAUCCUGUUCCGGACUUCAUUCACUGCCGGUCCUACUUAGAUAUGUAUAAGGUGAUAAUCUUUAGUUACCUCUUCUGGUUUGUGCUUACUAUAAUCUUCAUAACGGGAACGACAAGGAUCAGCAUAUUCUGUAUGGGCUACUUGGUUGCCUGCUUUUAUUUCCUUCUCUUUGGUGGAGAUCUGCUGCUGAAACCCAUCAGGAGCAUCCUGCGCUACUGGGACUGGCUGAUUGCGUACAAUGUUUUUGUGAUCACCAUGAAGAACAUCCUCUCGAUAGGAGCAUGCGGCUACAUUGAGUCUUUAAUUCAGAAUAGUUGCUGGUUGAUUCAGGCAUUUAGUCUGGCUUGCACAGUUAAAGGCUACCGUAUCCCAACCAACAAUGCAGACUGCAAACUACCUAGUGGAGAAGCAGGAAUCAUCUGGGACAGUAUAUGUUUUGCCUUUCUGCUGCUGCAAAGAAGAGUCUUCAUGAGUUAUUACUUCCUUCAUGUGGUUGCAGAUAUAAAAGCUUCCCAGAUUCUAGCAUCAAGGGGUGCUGAGCUUUUCCAGGCUACAAUUGUUAAGGCAGUAAAGGCAAGAAUUGAAGAGGAAAAAAAAUCAAUGGAUCAACUGAAAAGACAAAUGGAUCGCAUCAAAGCCAGGCAGCAAAAAUAUAAAAAGGGUAAAGAGAGGAUGCUAAGCAUGACACAGGAUUCCACAGAGGGGCCUGAAAUUCGGAAGGUUUCAGAAGAAGAUGAUGAAGGAGAAGCAGACAAAGAGAAAGCCAAGGGCAAAAAAAAGCUGUGGUGGCGGCCUUGGGUUGAUCAUGCUUCCAUGGUCAGAAGUGGAAAUUAUUAUUUGUUUGAGACGGACAGUGAAGAGGAAGAGGAAGAAGAGAAAAAAGAAGAGGAAGAGCCUCGAAAAAAAUCUGCAUUUCAGUUUGUUUAUCAGGCCUGGAUUACUGAUCCUAAAACUGCACUACGACAGAGGCGCAAAGAAAAGAAAAGUUUUCAAAAAGAGGAGAAGCGAAGGCGUAAAGUAUAUGGGGAUGGAAGUACUGAUGCAGACUGCGAAGACAGUGAAGAAGAACCUGUCAAGAAGAAGUCUGAUGGCCCAGGUAUGAAGACAGAAAAAAGGUUUCUCUGCUGUUACAGUGCAGUUGUCAGUGGUGGGGUAAACAGUGUAUCGCAAAGAUAUCAUUGCAGAGAUCCCAGGCUAGCAUAAAAGCUGGCAAAAUCC